AUGUACCACCUCGUCACCGGCUUGUAUGCCGAAUGGACGAAGAAACCACGCUACAAUAUUCUCAUGGUCGGGCUCUCAGGCGUCGGAAAGUCAUGUCUACUGGAAAAAGUCAAGAGUCUAUAUCUGAAGCGAUCAGCGUUACCGCCAAACAAGAUCACACCCACAGUCGGCCAGAACGUGCUUGAACUGACGCUGUCAAACAUGCAUCUACACUUUUGGGACCUCGGCGGAUCAUCAUCCGUACGCACAUUAUGGAGCAAAUACUACGACGAGUCAGACGCCAUCAUGUGGGUUGUCGACGCUCGUCACUUUCUUGCGCUCCAAUCACAAAAUACACAAAAUGGCGAUCACAAAGGCAAGGGCAAAGCUAAAGCAUUGGAUCCUGAUGUCGGAUCCGAAGCUUAUGCCGCUCGGGAAUCUUCUUGGAAGUUGCUGUCUGAGCUUCUGAUGCAUCCAAGCUUGGACGGCCGACCAAUCCUCAUUGUAGCAAACAAAGCCGACGAAUGCGAGUCAAUAUCAACCGAUCUCGCACGUACGAUCAAGAACUGGUUCGCCAACAAGCUCGCACAUAUCGGCGAAGAUCCAGAGCAAGCUUCCAUAGGAACUGAUGCAAAAGCGGGCGGCAACAUCUUCGCCGACGAGGAUGACCAGGUGUACGGCCCACGAGCAGGUGCUGGAUCCACCUUGAAUGAAAGAGGAUACGAGUGGGAUGUGCUUCUUGCAAGCGCUACUGAAGGAACGGGAGUGCAUGACGCUGUUGACUGGCUUUCAAUACGUGUUCAAGGGUCAAAGAAUGGACGUGCAAGAUGA